AUGUCGGCAACUCUUUUGGCUCGUCCAAGAAUGGCUCUGGCUGCCAGGUUUCUACUGCGCAGCCAGUCAGGCGUAGCACCCGCGUUGCAGAAACUACAUGCUACACUAAAACCAGAUGAACUUCAAGCUGACAACACCCCGGACUACGUGCGGUUGAUCUUGAGAUCAUCCGUUUACGAUGUUAUCGGAGAGUCACCCAUAACACGAGGCGUAGGCUUGUCUUCCCGUCUGAACACGAACGUACAGUUGAAAAGAGAGGAUCUGCUACCAGUUUUUUCAUUCAAAUUACGUGGUGCCUACAAUAUGAUGGCCAAAAUAUCAGAGGGACAGAAGAAAACACAAGGUGUCAUUGCAUGCUCUGCCGGAAACCACGCCCAAGGUGUUGCGUUCGCUUCAAGACACCUUAACAUACCAGCGAUCAUCGUUAUGCCUGUGAAUACCCCAUCUAUAAAAUACCAAAAUGUGUCAAGACUCGGUGGACAGGUAGUUCUCUUCGGCAAUGACUUUGAUGAGGCCAAGGUAGAAUGCAGCAGGAUUGCGGAGGAAAGAGGUUUGACUAACAUUCCACCUUUCGAUCACCCCUACGUCAUAGCUGGUCAAGGUACUGUGGCCAUGGAAAUUCUAAGGCAAGUUCACAACGCAUCUAAGAUAAGCGCCGUUUUCGUUCCUGUUGGUGGUGGCGGUCUUGUAGCCGGUGUCGCAGCAUACCUGAAGAGAAUAGCACCUCAUAUAAGGGUCAUCGGUGUCGAAACUUACGAUUCGGCUACACUGCAGACAUCCUUAGUCGCUGGUCAUCGCACUGAAUUGCCAACUGUUGGUACCUUUGCAGACGGCACCUCAGUCCGCAUGAUUGGUGAGGAAACCUUCCGCAUUUGCCAGGACUUCGUUGACGAAGUUGUACUUGUAAACACUGAUGAGAUCUGUGCUGCAGUAAAAGACAUUUUCGAAGAUACCAGAAGUAUUGUCGAACCUUCUGGUGCUCUAGCAGUGGCUGGACUCAAAAAAUAUGUCACUCAGCUACAUCCAGAUGUUGACCACUCGAAAAAAACUUACGUGCCGAUCUUAUCUGGUGCCAACAUGAACUUCGACAGACUUAGAUUUGUCUCUGAGCGUGCUGUCCUAGGUGAAGGCAAAGAAGUGUUUAUGCUUGUGACUAUUCCAGAUGUUCCCGGAUCUUUCAAAAAAUUGCAAAGAGUCAUUCAUCCAAGAGCUGUCACAGAGUUUUCUUAUCGUUACAAUGAACAUGGCCAUGACAGCGUUUCCCACUCUCCAAAAGCCUAUAUCUAUACUUCUUUCAGUGUAGUGAAUCGCGAAAAAGAGAUCAAACAAGUGCUACAGCAGCUAAACGCCUUGGGUUUCGAAGCUGUUGACAUUUCUGACAACGAGAUGGCUAAGAGUCAUGGCAGAUAUCUGGUCGGAGGCGCAUCUAAAGUAUCGAACGAGAAGAUCUUAUCUUUUGAGUUCCCCGAAAGACCAGGGGCACUCACUAAAUUUUUGGACGGUAUGAGCGAAUCCUGGAAUUUGACUUUGUUCCAUUAUAGAAACAAUGGUUCAGAUAUCGGCAAGGUUUUGGCUGGUAUUUCGGUGCCUCCCAAUGAUCAUGAUGUAUUUCAAAAGUUCUUAGAUGACCUGGGAUACAAAUAUCACGACGAAACUAGCAACAUGGUAUAUCAAAAGUUCUUGAAAUACUAA